GGCCCGCACUUCCUCGUCAUAAUCGGUAGCAGUACAGACGUUAGCAACGGCAUUGGUAGCGGCGCUGUCGGCAUUGGUGAUGGAACCAGCGGCAGUGCCAACGGCAUAAGUGACAUAGUUAGUGGUAGCUCCGACGGCAGUAUUAACAUUAGUGACGGCAUUAGUGGCGGCGCUGACAGAAUUGGUAGCGGCACAGACGGCAGUGGUGGUGGAACCAGCGGCAGUUUCAACGGCAGAAGUGGUAUUGAUGGCGGCACCGACGGCAUUGUUGGCAGUAUCGGCACUAGCGGCAAUAUCACUACCGGCAACAGUAUCAGCAGCAUCGGAACCACGACUGAAUCCUCGGCAUGUUCGCUGUGCACCACACUACGCAGUAAAUUGCGCAACUGGAUCGUUGUUGCUGAUGGUGGAAAAUCCACAUAG